AGGCCACUGUGGUCACAUGACAUGUAGUUCCCUCAGCUGCUACUGUUGCUGCUGCUGGACUCGAGGCGGAAGUGGCUGAAGUCUCCAUGGCUGCAGCAAAGGAAAGUGAGGAACCAAAAACCAAGUUGGAAGAUUCAGAGGAUUCAGAUUCCAGUGAAGAGAGCGGCAGUACAUCAGAAAUGGAUUUUCUGCGGAAUCUUUUCUCCCGGACACUUGGCCUCGGCGCUCCAGAAAAAGUCCUUGAUGAACUGACCCUGGAAGGAGUGACCAAGUUCAUGCUUAGCGAGAAAUGUAAAAAUGUGGUGUUUAUGGUUGGAGCUGGUAUCUCAACAUCCGCUGGAAUUCCUGAUUUCCGUUCCCCAGGCAGUGGAUUGUACUCUAACCUGCAAAAAUAUAACUUGCCAUAUCCAGAGGCCAUUUUUGAAAUUGGAUUCUUUCAGCAAAAUCCAGAACCAUUUUUUGCUCUGGCUCGGGAGCUGUAUCCAGGACAAUUCAAGCCGACUAUUUGCCACUAUUUCAUGCGUUUGAUGAAAGAAAAAGGUCUGUUGCUCCGCUGUUACACUCAGAACAUUGACACUCUUGAGAGGGUGGCCGGCCUCUCUUCUGAUGAUCUAGUAGAGGCUCAUGGGACUUUUCACACCUCCCACUGUAUUGGGCCGUUAUGCAGAGCUGAGUAUCCACUCUCCUGGAUGAAAGAAAAGAUCUUCUCCGAUUUGAUCCCAAAGUGUGAAAAGUGUAACCGCUUGGUUAAACCAGAUAUUGUGUUUUUUGGGGAAAGUCUUCCAUCCUGCUUCUUUUCUGCACUAAAGUCUGACUUCCAAAAGAUUGAUCUCCUCAUUAUAAUGGGGACGUCUCUUCAAGUGCAGCCAUUUGCCUCCCUUGUUGGCAAGGUUCCUAGCAAAACACCACGUCUUCUAAUUAACAAGGAUAAGACUGGAGAGGGGGACUCCUUUUUUGGACUCCUAGGUUUGGGAGGCGGGAUGGAUUUUGACUCUGACAAAGCUUACAGGGAUGUAGCCUGGCUUGGAAACUGUGAUGAUGGUUGCCUUGCAUUAGCUGAAUUCCUUGGAUGGAAGGCUGAGCUGGAAGAGCUGGUGAAGAAAGAACAUGCAGCAAUCGAUGCAGCCACUCAGGAAAAGGAAAGUGUUCCUGGGCAGAUGGAGAAAAAGAAGUCUCAGAAGAAACCAGAGGGUGAAACCUCAGUAGAAUAACAGAUCGAGGGUGUCCGUGUGAUACCACAUCUUCAGAAAUGCACCUUUAACAAGUGCUGCUGCUGCUGCUGCUGCUUCUCUCUCUGGGAACUUCUAUAGGCACGGGCCUAGGGGCAGAUGUACGUGUAAUCUCUGCACAGCUGACCAAUAACUGCAUACAUAUAUCUGCCACCUUUUCCUUAUAGCAGCUAUCGCACUUUUACUAUAUAAUGGAUGACCAGUAUGCCACAUGUUGCUGGUACAUUUUCUAUGACCGCAUACUACACAUUUUGAGAUGAAGAUCCUCAACAGCAGGAGCUGGAUUGCCCAUCCCUUGUCUAAUGUGACAAUAGACCAAACUAUUAUAUAUACCGGACAUCACCUGUGAAAGCGAUUGCUUUUCUUCAGUCUCCAUUUACUACAAUUUUGAUUCUAGAACAUCGUGGGGAUUUUCAAAUUGUAAUUAAUGUCCAACAAAUGACUGGUCAGAAUCCAGAAACAUGACAAAGCCGUAGUUAUCAACUUGACAACCUUUUAUUCAUUACUCUGCUCCAUUUCUUUAGUUUAGGACGGCCUAAUCAUUCAGGUAAAAAGGUUUUAUGGGAACGUGCAGACAUGAUCGUGUUUGCAGUAGAUCUUCCAGACUUAGCGUUUUGUAGCAGUGCUUUCCCAAUCAUUGGUUUUAAAUACAGGUUUUUAUUCAGUAUCCUUCUGGUCUUACAAACAGAACUUUUUUUGUGGUUUUAUUUAGAAUGCCUGGGACUAAGGUUUUUCUAUAAGUUGGACUACUGUGCUUACCUAACACCAACAACAAGAAAAAUAUAUACCCCCAAGGCUUGCCCUACCCUGCCCCUGGUAUAUAGCAUCCUCCUCAUUACAUUGCCUAGUAGGGCUCCUAGCUGGAACAGUUUGGGGGCAAUUAUUCAGCUUUUACUGUCUGGAUAAUGAAUUUUCAGGAAAGAAACUACAAACGUAUGUUUCCACAUUAGAAAUAUUAAUCAUUACCAUAUUCAGAUUUUACAAUAAUUGUGAUGUGUGUAAAUCUGAUCUAAAUCAUACGGUUCUUUCAUUAUGUGUUAAAUUAAACUUCUUUAAAACCUU